AUGGCAGAAGCCAGAAUUUCUCAGGAUGAGUUCAUGUGUUCAGUGUGUCUGGAUCUCCUGAAGGAUCCAGUGGCCAUUCCCUGUGGACACAGUUACUGUAAGAUCUGUAUUACAGGCUGCUGGGAUCAGGAGGAUCAGAAGAGAGUCUACAGCUGUCCUCAGUGCAGACAGACCUUCAGUCCAAGACCUGCUUUAGCUAAAAACACCAUUCUGGUUGAAAUGGUGGAGAAACUGAAGAAGAUUAAACUUCCUGCUGACUGUUACGCUGGAGCUGGAGAUGUGCAGUGUGACGUCUGUACUGGAAGAAAACACAAAGCCGUCAAGUCCUGUCUGGUGUGUCUGAACUCUUACUGUCAGAAUCACCUUGAACAACAUGAGAGUUGGUUUAAAGGAAAGAGACACAAUCUGAGUGAAGCCACUGGACGACUACAGGAGAUGAUCUGCCAGAAACAUGACAAGAUCCUUGAGGUUUUCUGCCGCACUGAUCAGAAGUGUAUAUGUGUGCUGUGUAUAAUAGAUGAACAUAAAAACCACAACACUGUAUCAGCUGCAGCACAGAGGACAGAGAAACAGCACCAGCUGAAGGAGACGCAGAGGUCGUUCCAGCAGAGGAUCCAGCAGAGAGAGAAAGAUCUUCAGCAGCUGAGAGAGGCUGUGGAGUCUCAUAAGCGCUCUGCACAGACAGCAGUGGAGGACAGUGAGAGGAUCUUCACUGAGCUCAUCCGCUUCAUUGAGAGAAGCCGCUCUGAGGCCACACAGCGGAUCAGAGAUCAGGAAAAGACUGCAGUGAGUCGAGCUGAAGGACGACUGGAGCGACUGGAGCAGGAGAUCAAUGAUCUGAGGAGGAGAGACGCUGAGCUGGAGCAGCUUUCACACACACAGGAUCACAUCCAUUUCCUGCAGAGUUUCCAGUCUCUCUCAGCUCCUCCUGAAUCUACAGACGUAAAUGACGAUCCCUUCAGUUCUCUCUCCUCUUUUGAUGUUGUGAGAGAAUCUGUCCGUCAGCUGAGAGACAAACUGGAGGAUUUCUGCAAAGAGGAGCUGAAGAAGAUCUCUGACAGAGUCACUUUCACCAACAUUGUUCCCAGAACCAGGAACGACUUCCUACAAUUUUCCCAUCAGCUCCAUCUGGAUCUGAACACAGUGAAUAAAUACCUCCGUCUGUCUGAGGGGAACAGAGUGAUUACUUACACUAACACAGUCCAGCCGUAUCCUGAUCAUCCAGACAGAUUUGAUCAGUGGUCUCAGGUGUUGUGUAGAGAGAGUGUGUGUGGACGCUGUUACUGGGAGAUUGAGUGGAGUGGGAUUGUGUUUAUAUCAGUGUCAUAUAAGAGCAUCAGCAGGAAGGGAUUGGGUAAAGAGUGUUUGUUUGGAUAUAAUGAUCAGUCCUGGAGUUUGAUCUGCUCUUCCUCCAGUUACUCAUUCAGACACAAUGACAUAGAGACUAAACUCCCUGUACAGUUCAUCAUCAGCAGUAGAAUAGGAGUGUAUGUGGAUCACAGUGCAGGAACUCUGUCCUUCUACAGCGUCUCUGGAGACACAAUGAGCCUCAUCCACACAGUCCAGACCACAUUCACUCAACCGCUCUAUCCUGGGUUUAGGGUUGGUUAUAAAUCAUCGGUGAAACUGUGUUGAUGAAUCAGAAUAGACUGUAGAGAGAUUCUACCCAUAAUGCUUUGAGCUCAUGAUGAAUCAGUAACAGUGAGAUGUUAUAGAGUCUCUUAUUUUCUCUUCAUUACAUUAAUACUACAGCUGAACUUCUGUCAGUGAAAUAACAUGUCAGAAUAAAUGUGUGUAAUGAAUCCUCAUAUAGACAGUGA